CUCCUAUUCAAAACCAAGCUAUUGGGUGCAACACCGCGUUAUGCGAGUUGCGACAAUAGGUAGUUGAUGCUAUAUCCCGUUUCCAUGACCGUUGAAGAUGUUCCCAUGACAUGACUACAUGUAACAUUCCAACGGAUAACGCACACAUACAUCCAGUCCUAUGAUGCAACACUCGGGAGAUCUCCUAUUUCUCCAAAACUUGGCUAGCGUUUGUGUCUUUACAUACCAUUUGACUACCUACUUGGAUGGGUAGGCAUGGCAGACGAUAAUUACCAUGCAUCUGACAUAUAACUACAUAAGGUAAGGAUACUACUCCAUCGUCCUCUGGUAGACCAAAAGACGGACCGAUAAGCCCUACCGAUAGUUUAGAUGAGUUGAAUCAACCCAAGAUCCUUGUUUCUGGAUCUGGUUUCCCCGGUCUUGUACACGCUGAGGGGGAUGAUCGGCGCUCUGCCCGCCUUCCCCGCAAUGUAAUGGGUUGCAUCAGCACGUAUAUGUAUUACACGAUCUGUGCAUCAACAUCCCUCUGCGUCGAUGACGAUGACCAGUGAGGCUGGUUGAGCAGGUAGCUUGCUGGAAGGCCUUCAACCAUGCGGAACAUGUGACACAAAUUGAUGAACAAUGCACUUUUCUCAUUACUCAAUGAGAACUUGAUUUAUGAUGAAGUUCCUUUCAUCCUUGGUGUUGGCUUCGGCUUCCUUAGCUCUCGCCGCCUCAAUUGACGAUUGUCCCGGUUAUACGGCCUCAAAUGUCGUCGAGAGUGAGGGGAAGCUCACUGCAGACCUGAGCCUUGCAGGCACGGCAUGCAACAUCUACGGCACCGAUCUCACUGAUCUCAAAUUGCUCGUUGAAUACCAAACAGAAUCCCGGCUUCACGUCAAAAUCUACGAUGCCGGACUCCAAGUAUAUCAAAUUCAAGAAUCUGUGCUUCCAAGACCCUCCGGCGAAGGAGUUCUCGCGUCAGACGCUGCAAUCCAAUUCCAGCUGACAGAGGAUCCGGUUUCAUUUUCUAUCUCGCGCACUGGUUCCGGCGAGGUUUUGUUCAGCACCAAUGGCAGUAAUCUAAUUUUCGAGUCUCAAUAUGUCAACCUGCGAACUUCGCUGCCUCAGAAUCCUAACCUGUACGGGCUCGGAGAGCAUUCGGAUUCCUUCCGGCUGUCGACGGACAACUACAAGCGUACGCUCUGGAACGCCGAAUCCCCUUUUAUCCCUCGCAACAGUAACCUUUAUGGAAGCCAUCCCAACUACUUGGAGCACCGCGGCGAGGCGGGAAGUCACGGUGUCGCUCUCUUAAAUGCCAACGGUAUGGACAUUAACAUCAACAAGACCGACUCGGGCGACCAGUAUCUGGAGUACAACAUCCUCGGUGGGGUGUUAGACUUCUACUUCCUUGCAGGCCCUAGUCCCACAGAUGUUUCCAAGCAGUACGCUGAGGUCAUAGGUGCCCCAGCCAUGAUGUCGUACUGGACCUUCGGGUUUCAACAGUGUAAAUAUGGAUGGCCCGACAUUGAGUUCGAAGAAGGUGUCGUUGCGAACUAUUCUGCCGCCAACAUCCCUCUAGAGGCACUAUGGGCUGACAUAGACUACAUGAAAAGCCGCAGAGUAUUUACCACGGACCCUGAGAAUUAUCCUCUCGACAAGAUGAGAGAACUUGUUGACGAGAUGCACCGGCGGGGCCAGAAGUACAUCAUGAUGCUGGAUCCAGGCAUUGCUUAUAAGGAUGACUACGCCACAUACUCAAGGGGUGUUGAAGCCGAGGCUUUCAUCAAAGCCGACGACGGGUCUCUAUAUCGCGGAACUCAAUGGGCCGGGGAGGUGGUCUGGCCAGAUUGGUUCGCGCCCAAAACACAGGACUGGUGGACAGACGAGAUUCUUCGGUUCUUUGAUCCGGAGACCGGCCUCGAUAUCGAUGGCGCAUGGAACGACAUGAACGAAGUGUCCAACUUCUGCGACGAUGUCAACUGUGACCCGUCACAAGCAGCUGCCAGCGACAAGAGGCAGGCUCCUCCUGCAUCACACAAGACACUGCGCUCUCGGCAGGAUUCAGAGGGGGACAUGAAAGGGCUUCCGGAUCGAGAACUAUUCACCCCAGCUUAUCGCAUCAACAACCAUCAGGGUGAUCUCAGCGACAAGACGCUUUACACCAACAAUUCGAACGCAGACGGGACUGUGCAAUACGACACGCACAACAUCCACGGGCUAAUGAUGGUCACUGCAACGCGUCAUGCUCUCCUCAAGCGCCGCCCGAACUCUCGUCCGUUCGUCCUGACGCGCUCAACAUUCGCCGGCUCGGGCACAAAGGCAGCGCACUGGUUCGGCGACAACUACAGCAGCUGGGACGACUACAGGGCGACCAUCAGCCAGAUGCUCUCCUUCGCCGCCGUCCACGCCAUGCCUAUGGUCGGGUCAGACGUAUGCGGCUUCAACGGCGAUGCGCAGGAGAAGAUGUGCGCGCGCUGGGCGCUCCUCGGCGCGUUCCAGCCGUUCUACCGCAACCACGCCGACAUCUCGGCGCCGAACCAGGAGUUCUAUCUCUGGGAGUCCGUGACCGAGGCCGCGCGGAAAGCCAUCGACGCGCGGUACAGACUGCUCGACUACAUCUACACGGCCAUGCGCCGCGCCGCUUCCACGGGUGCGCCCAUCGUGAACCCGCUGUUCUUCAUCUAUCCGAACGACGCGGAGACAUUCGGCAUUGACUUACAGUGGUUCUACGGCGACGCGCUGCUCGUCUCCCCCGUCACGGAUGACGACGCGACCUCUGUGACGUUUUAUCUUCCCGACGACGUCUUUUACGACUUUUGGACGCUGCAGCCUGUGAAGGGCACAGGUGCCACAGUCACCGUUGACGAUGUGGCGCUCACGGAUAUACCGGUGCAUAUCCGCGGAGGCACGAUCCUGCCGCUGCGCAGCGCCUCGGGGAAUACCACUGCGCUCGUGCGCCAGAACGACUUCACCCUCGUCGUCGCGCCGGGUGCCGAUGGCAAGGCGAGCGGCUCCUUGUACCUAGACGAUGGUGACAGCGUAGAUGUGGGGAGCGAGUACUCUGAGAUUAGCUUCACUUGGGACGGGCAGACGUUGAAAGCGGAGGGGACUUUCGGUUACGCCACCGAUGUUGUCGUUGAGAGUGUGAAGAUCCUUGGUGGAGAUCAGCCUGUUACGAAGAAUGGAACGUGGAGUCUUAACGAGGCCUUUGAGGUUACUGUGAGCUGAUAUAGCACGCAAUUUCUAAGCAGAAUGAAUACCCUUCAUAGGUAGUGAAGUAGGCGUCAUGUACAAAUUGCCAUGCGCUUGGCUUGGCAAAAAUCUGAAAUGUAAUUCAACUCGUAUUCAUGGAGUCGUGAUUAGGAAUAAAUUGUGAUGCGGAGAACCAUCAAACAAUUGAGAGUAUCUUAUCGCCAGGG